AUGAAGCGGUUGUGGGGAAUGUUUCUAUCUUGAACGCCACAGCUCUUUGGUCUGUCUUGUAGUCAAAGAUGGCGGCGCUUGUGGGGAUGCGUGCGUGUUUCUCCGCCCUUCAGCUUUCUUCACCAUGUCUCCUGAACAGCUCCUACAAGUUGUGUGCCGUCCCGCUGAGCAGACGGAACAUGGCAGUGGAGGCUAAAAAGACGUUCAGCCGAGACAAGCCUCACGUUAACAUCGGAACUAUUGGUCAUGUUGAUCACGGCAAGACGACCCUGACUGCGGCCAUUACCAAAGUGUUGGCAGAGGCAGGGGGCGCUCGCUUUAAAAAGUAUGAAGACAUUGACAACGCGCCCGAGGAGAAGGCCAGGGGCAUCACCAUCAACGCCUCGCAUGUGGAAUACAGCACGGCCAACCGCCAUUACGCACACACAGACUGUCCCGGCCACGCCGACUAUGUCAAGAACAUGAUCACGGGGACGGCGCAGAUGGACGGCUGCAUCCUGGUGGUGGCAGCCACCGACGGCCAGAUGCCGCAGACACGAGAACACCUGCUGCUGGCGCGGCAGAUCGGUGUGGAGCACAUGGUGGUGUUCAUCAACAAGGCGGACGCGGUGGACGACCAAGAGAUGCUGGAGCUGGUGGAGCUGGAGAUCCGCGAGCUGCUCACCGAGUUCGGCUACGACGGCGAGAAGACGCCCGUGGUCAUCGGCUCGGCCCUCUGCGCCCUGGAGAAUAAGCAGCCGGAAAUUGGAGUGGACGCAGUGAUGAAGCUGCUUGACAUCGUGGACAGCUACAUUCCUCUGCCCAAGAGACAGCUGGAUAAACCCUUCCUUCUCCCCAUCGAGGGCGUGUACUCUAUCCCAGGUAGGGGCACGGUGGUGACGGGCACCCUGGAGCGAGGGGUCAUCAAGAAGGGCGAGGACUGCGAGUUUGUGGGCCACAACCGCCACUUCAAGACGGUGGUAACGGGGGUGGAGAUGUUCCACCAGUCUCUGGACCGGGCCGAGGCCGGGGACAACCUGGGCGCCCUGGUGCGCGGCCUCAAGCGGGAGGACGUGAGGAGGGGCAUGGUGAUGAGCAAGCCUGGCUCCAUCAAGCCUCACCAGAAGGUCAAGGCCCAGAUCUACAUUCUGACUAAGGAGGAGGGGGGCCGACACAAGCCCUUCGUUAGCAACUUCAUGCCCGUCAUGUUCUCCCUGACCUGGGACAUGGCCUGCAAGGUCACCCUGCCCAACGAGAAGGAAAUGGUGAUGCCGGGGGAGGACACCUCGCUAACGCUAACGCUACGCCAGCCGAUGGUGUUGGAGAAGGGCCAACGCUUCACGCUGCGUGAUGGGAAUCGCACCAUCGGCACCGGCUUGGUCACAGACAUCCUCACCGCAACUGAGGAGGACAUGAGCAACUGGGGCUGAGGAAGAGGGAGUGGGAGAAAGGACACUGGGAUGGGUCAGCGGAGGGGCUUGUGUAGAGGGGGGCGGGGCUUAUGCCUCCUGUGUCUGUCCUACCAAUAAGUAAGUAAAUACAAAUGAUUCAUGUUUAUGUUAGAUGAAAUGGUAUUUCUGAAAUUCCAUCCAACCAAAUAAGAGGUUUCUGUAAAGCAAGGCUGUCAUGCUACGUAUUGAAUAAUAAAAAUACAUAAAAACUG